AUGAAGUCCAAUUACACACUUCUGUUUUCACAGAGGCUCAUUAGUGGGCAUCGACGACAAACAGCCGAAGAAAGAGAAGCGGAACGACAAGCGGCCAACCGUCUAAUGUUAUCGCUUCAAGCUGAAGCGCUAAGCAAAGGCUACAUGCCAGAGCCCCCGCCCGGCUCCCAACUUUCAGCGCUUCAUUACCAACCAUCCAAUGCACCUCAACCACAAAAUAAUACCGCUUUAAGCGCUUUACAAAAUUUACAACCGUGGGCUGGCAAUCAAGGCUCCUUUAUGAAUGCAGCAGGUUCUGCACCACCCCCACAUCCACCACCCGUAGCUUCUCCUAUCUGU